CUGUCGUGCAAGAGCUCCAGUUGAACUUUAACUUUGUUUGAGUCAGGAAGCACCCUCCAUAAAUCGUAUUAUCACUGGAAACCUAAAUAUUUAAAAGUUACGAUAUUUUAUAAACAACGCGAUAUAAAUAUUACUUCGUUAAAAUUAAAUCAAUCCAUUAUUCAAAAAUUCAAAUUACAAAUUUCCAACUAAUUUAAAACCAUUUGCAGAAGGGUAACUACGAGAUAAACCUAAAUGGAGUCUCGCCAAAACGCCGAGGCAAAAGAGCGACCAUCGAAUCCUCGAAGGUUGCGUAGGAUCACCAAAACAUGGGAGAUUGGCAAGAAAUCCACCGCCCAGCAUGACGCGUGGAUCGACAAUGAGAUCACGGCUGCUUAUAGAGUUUAUCGAGACAGAUGCACAGCGCUUUUUCCACAUGCCAAAAAUCCCCGCUGUGUUACCAAUACUCGUAACGGUGAUGAAUUUGAGGCUCGUGAGCAAAAAAUACUGGGUGACGUUACGUCACCGACUAGUACCUCGGGAACGGUGCAACAACCCCACAUUCUGGUCGAUUCCAUUGACCAAGUUCCAACCGAAGGACCGCUUGAUACUGAUGAUAUGGAAAUGCACAUUAAUACGGUCGCCGUUCAGGGAAAUGUCACCAAAACGGGGAAAAGUUUAGGGACGGAGACCUGGAUGAAAACCAGAACUAAGAGAUGGAUAGAAUUACUUGAUAAAAGGGUCGCAAACUUAGAAAAAAUAAAGAAAUGAUACACAAGGGGAUAUGUUUCGGCAAUAAAUCUAAAAUUAAUUUUGUUCUCGAAUUAAAGAAAAGUUUAUCUUUACAACUCUCUGUAUAAGAUAAAAUUUAAAUAAACCAAUUCAAAAAAUAUA